AGGAGAGCCCACAGUGAGCCCAGCCACCUCCCCACCAUGGAUGCCACGAACAUGCCCCUCCAGGCUGAGAUGGUGGAGCUGGUGCCCAACGGGAAGCACACGGCCACGCUCACCACCUCCACUGUGCCCUCGCUGGCAGGUGACAGGUUUGAGGAGAACCAGUCCAGUGCGGCGGAGAUGGAGGAGUUCCUACCCCAUGGCACUGAGAAGAAGCAGACCCACUUCACUGAUUUUGAAGGGAAGACGUCUUUUGGGAUGUCCGUCUUCAACCUGAGUAAUGCCAUCAUGGGCAGUGGCAUCCUGGGACUGGCCUACGCCAUGGCCAACACCGGCAUCGUCCUCUUCCUCUUCCUCCUGACGGCAGUGGCCCUGCUCUCCAGCUACUCCAUCCACCUGCUGCUCAAGUCUUCAGGCAUCGUAGGCAUCCGUGCCUACGAGCAGCUGGGCUACCGAGCCUUUGGCACGCCGGGGAAGCUGGCAGCAGCCAUCGCCAUCACGCUGCAGAACAUCGGAGCCAUGUCCAGCUACCUGUACAUCGUCAAAUCCGAAGUGCCUCUUGUCAUCCAGACUUUCCUCAACCUGGAGGAGAAGACCACGGACUGGUACAUGAACGGGAACUACCUGGUGAUCCUGGUUUCUGUCACCAUUAUCCUGCCCCUGGCCCUCAUGAAACAGUUGGGCUACCUCGGCUACGCCAGUGGCUUCUCCCUCAGCUGUAUGGUCUUCUUCCUCAUCUCGGUCAUCUACAAAAAGUUCCAGAUCCCCUGCCCUCUCUCUGAGCAGCAGGGCAACUUCACAGGCAGUCUCAACAACACUCCUGUCAGCACCAGCGACUACCAGAAUGGCUACACUGUCCUCCAGGCACCCGACCAGGGCACCUGCACCCCCAGCUUCUUCACCUUGAACUCCCAGACGGCAUACACCAUCCCCAUCAUGGCCUUCGCCUUCGUCUGCCACCCCGAGGUCCUACCCAUCUACACUGAGCUGAAGGACCCCUCCAAGAAGAAGAUGCAGUGCAUCUCCAACAUCUCCAUCACCGUCAUGUACCUCAUGUACUUCUUGGCCGCCCUCUUUGGCUACCUCACGUUCUAUGGCCGAGUGGAGUCAGAGCUGCUGCACACGUACAACAAGGUGGAUCCCUUCGACGUGCUCAUCCUGUGCGUGCGCGUGGCCGUGCUGACGGCCGUCACCCUCACUGUCCCCAUCGUCCUCUUCCCGGUGCGCCGGGCCAUCCAGCAGAUGCUGUUCCAAGGGAAGGACUUCAGCUGGAUCCGCCACAUCGCCAUCGCUGUGAUCCUGCUGACCUUCAUCAACCUCUUGGUUAUCUUCGCCCCCUCCAUCCUUGGCAUCUUCGGCCUGAUUGGUGCCACCUCUGCUCCCUGCCUCAUCUUCAUCUUCCCUGCCAUCUUCUACAUCCGCAUCAUGCCCAAGGACAAGGAGCCACUGCGCUCCACCCCCAAAAUCCUGGCUGCCUGCUUUGCCCUCCUCGGAGUGCUCUUCAUGAUCAUGAGCCUGAGCUUCAUCAUCAUCGACUGGGCCACGGGGGGAGGCAAGAGCGGUGGCAGCCAUUAG